AUGGCACGGUGGGAAGAAGAAGAGGAGGAGCGCGAGCUUCAAGAGGCUAUUCAACUCUCUCUGAUGCAGGAUGACGAUUUAGAACCUUCUGUAAUAUUCGAUGAUACCCUCAAAGAGGUGGAUUCGAGGAUAAAACGCAAGGCUGAAGAUGAGCUGAGCGCACAAAGCGCAAAACGCGCGCACCCCGCAUUUAGCGCAACGAGCUUGCCUAUCUCAACACCUUUAGGCCAACCGUCUAGACACUUGACAUUGCGCACUUCAACAUCAUCAGAUCGGUCAUCUACCGAGAUCCCCAAGAGAAGCGCCAUGCCUCCAAGUCUGACAUCUCCCACGAGAGUAUCAUCUGCGUCUUCGGGAGUCUCAAUCACUUAUCCAAAUGGUGCCAUUCGCAUCACUCGUACCCCAGGUAGACAGAAAAGUAAGAACUGCGUCAAUCUCGAAGACGUAAUUCACAAAGAGCAUUUGGUUUCCGCCUGCGUAUUCUCCUUCUUCAUCAGCGAUAGAGAGUUCCACACACAUUUUCCUCUUUCAAAUGUUUCUGAUGCCAUUCCGAUCUACAUUGGGCGAGAUCCAAAUCAAGAUCCGAUGGUCUAUGAAUCAUGUAUCCAAGCCGGAAUAUCUAUCAAAGGCAAAUUAUCGAAGAACCAGCUGCAAAAUAUCCAGUCAGAUCUCAGUCAGCUCUCCAAGAACGUGUAUGGGAAUAACUACCAUGCUUUCUACAGGUUGUCUCCCGGCUCUUCACAUUCCAAAAUUCUUGUCCUCGUCUACCCCGAUUUCCUGCGACUAGUCAUCACUUCAUGUAAUAUGAUGAACAUCGAUACAGUUGGAGGUGACAAUCAUUGGUACAUUCAUGACAUGCCAAAGCUCUCUUCGAGAGCCACCUCUAAUAUACCCUCUUUCGAAACCGAUCUUAUUGCACACCUGGAAGCCCUCAAUACGCCUGAUGAUUUUCUCGACUCCAUCCGUGGAAAAUUUGACUAUUCCUCGGUCAAGGUGCAUCUUGUCACCUCGAUUCCUGGUAUCAAAUCUGGCAUCAACGCUGAAAAGCACGGUCUACUUCGUCUCAGACGUGUAGUUCAGGAUCUUAAUCUGAAACUGCCAGAAAAGGCGAAAGAAAAGUUGAGAUUCGAAAUUUGCACCGCAAGUAUUGGCAACUUAUCUGCGAAGUGGCUUGACAAUUUCAACGAUUGUGCUCUUGGAAAGGAAACAAUCAAGGUCCCUACGGAAGGUUGUGCUGUCCCCAACUUGAAGCUGUUCUAUCCGAGCAUUGGGGACGUAAAGAAGGCGGAUGAAUCGGCACAGCAUGCGGCUAGCAAUAUUGGUUGCCAUACCCGUCCAUGGGACAACGCGAAGGCACCACCAUAUUAUAUCUAUGUGGGGUCUGCAAAUCUUUCCCAGUCUGCAUGGGGUAGCCUCAUUCAAGAUAACAGAGGGAACGAGGCGACUUGCGAUAUGAAGCUUGACAAGAUUACAAACUAUGAAUGUGGAGUCGUGAUUCCUGGCGAGCUCAUCGAAAGCCUACUAGAGCCGGGAACAGAGAGUUGGCAGGAUGGAAUCGUGCCCUACGUCCAGACCGGAGAUAAAUAUAAUUUGCAUGAAGACAGGCCUUGGAAUGAUCCAACAUGGGUCGGGAAAUAGGAAGAGCACCUGUGUAUGAAAGCACUUCGACUCUAUACUUGGAAGGGGACGAUAUCUAUGCCAAGUAACUUAUUGCAAGCACUGUACAUGAAAACCCGGAACUUACGGCCCUGGAAGCAAGCAUUUGGCGUGCAAAGAAUCCACGAGAUGAAGACAAGGCUCCAUAGAACCUUUUUCAAGCGCAAGG